UGGAGGGCUGGAUUUUCUGCCCAAACGGCUGGAGGUGCUUUCAAGGAAACUGUUAUUACCUAUCCAUUGAUACAAUGUCGUGGGUUGAGAGUGAGCAGAACUGCACUGGGAUGGGCUCCCACCUGGUGGUGAUCAACAGUGCAGCAGAGCAGGAGUUCCUUUUCAACUUGGCAAAAGAAAAAGUUACUAGCAACUAUGAAACAAAGUACUACAUAGGCUUAUCUGCUUACAAAAAUGGGCAAUGGCAGUGGGUGGACCAGACUCCGUAUGAGAAGACAGCCACGUGA